AUGACUAAUGCUUGUGAUGCUCUUGAGCUUGGCAGCAACUGUCUGGCCGAGGGCUGGGACAGCUUUUUGCAAUUGACUUGUCGCUACUGCGAGCUAGCGGCAACUUGUGCACCUGCACAAGAGCUCCUGGCUUCCGUAAAGCAGCUGUGGAAGCGCUUGCAGGACUGCUCCUUGACAUGCUGGUCAGGUCUUCAAGCACUUGCGACUGUGCACAAGCAGUUUUCUUCUGCCGGAUUGAUUCAUGAGGGGCAUGCCUUGCCCGAGUGUUUGCCCCCUUGGGUAUCUGUCAGGGAGCACAAAGCCAUGUCCCAACUGGAGCGGGAGAGGAUUCGUUUCUGGCGGCCUUUGUUUCCGUUCCCCUUACUGGCCUCACAGCAGUUACUGUAUACACAUCUUGACGCUGCGGGACCUUUAAGCCUCUGCAGCAUGCCAGAUGCAAGGAUGUAUAUCUCCCGCAGAUUCAUGCCCAGAGCACACCACACCGAAUCUUACUGUGCCAUUAGGAGGACAGACCUGCAGCUGCUCAAGGCUUGCCGCAGCCGAAGGAAUCAAGGCGGAGAUUUGUUUCAGCAUGUGCUGCUGCCAGUCCAGGCCAACCAGCUCAGGCUGAGCAGACCUUCAGCGGCUGCAUGGUCGCAGACGACUGAGGAACUCGGGAGGAGUGACCGUAGAUUGGCCGGAGGUAAAUGUCUGCACUACGUCAAUGAGAGCUGUGUUUCUCCCGGGUCCGUGGGGUUUGAGCUGCGUCGUCCGUUUUUGCCACCUUGUCAGUCUAGAAAUGCGGACUUGAGCCAGCGCAGAGAGCACUUUUUUGCGGUGCAAUGUCCUGAAGUGUUGAAUGCUUCCGCGUGGUGGGGGUGGGAGGAUGAGACCUCUUGGCCGGAUGAAGGCGGCAUGAAGAAGUACAGGACUCGAUCUUCUGAUGGAGGUUGUCAGUCUCAGACAGGUGCUUGGGGCACUAACAUGCAAGAUGCUCUGAAGUGCGUUCUUGUGGUUAUAGCGGAGAAGUUCGAUUUUCGGCCCGGUGAACUCCUGCUGGACUGGGGAUCUGGCUGUGGUUUUACAAUGUCCUGGGCCAAAGCUUAUUACGAUGUGGAUGCAAUCGGCAUCGAUGUCACAGCUUCGGCGGCAUGGGCUGCUAAGUACAGUAUCGGCUUGAGCUGUAUGGCAGAUGGUCGGAACUUACAUUGGCUUCCGGAUGAGUUGUUUGAUUAUGUUUUUUCCUAUGCCGCCCUAUUGCACCUCAGCUUCGAGGAGCAGUGUGAGGUGGCACACCAACUUGUUCAAAAGCUCCGGCGUGGUGGUAGGGCCUUCCUGGGCUGGAACAGAGCCAACUUGGUGGGCCCAUGGCAAUGGCACGACUGUUUCCGGCCGACGGAGGAUGCCUCACAUGUGGAAUUGGAAACGCUCGAGGAGGCGAACCUAUUUGUGGAAGAUGCUUCUAAGGCUGUUGGCUCUUUUGCUUGGGACUUUCCCACUUAUGCGGUGCUGCUGCGGAGGGUCUCAUGA